UGAAAACACCCUCGAAUGAAAGCUGACAGUCUACACUUUAACCUCGUAGUCAUUGUAUCAUUUCAAAUCCAAAUUGUUGGAGUACAGAGCCAAACCCAAAAACUAAAACGUUUAUUGAGAAAUUAUAUCAGCCUCUCACCUGCCGGUCUGUGACUGACAAUGUAACUUUCAUUUUCAGUUUAUGCCAGAAAAUGGUGGACGAGACAGAAAUGAAUGACGGUUGAUUUGAGUUGAUUCCUAAUACAACAGUACAGUUGAAUAGUAAUCAUUCGUGUAAGUCCUAAAUGAGGCGUCGUUUGGCGUUUUCUUUUUCUUUUCUUUUCAUUUCGCGUUGAAUCAAUAGGCUUCUCACACACCGUGCUCACUGCACAGGUAUCAGCGCGACCAGCCACAAAACUAAAGUGCUUUAAUAAUGUUAGAUGAAUCAUCAGAGCCAGGGUGGCUUUCCGAAGAAGUCAAAACUGGGACCACCAUCAUUGCUAUUGAGUUUGAUGGAGGUGUGGUGCUGGGCUCUGACUCUCGAGUGUCUGCUGGGGAGACUGUGGUGAACCGGGUGAUGAACAAGCUCUCUCUCCUCCAUGACAAGAUCUACUGCGCCCUGUCAGGCUCGGCUGCAGACGCCCAGACCAUUGCUGAGAUGGUCAACUACCAGCUGGAUGUGCACAGCAUUGAGGUUGGAGAGGAUCCUCAAGUUCGUUCAGCUGCCACUCUGGUGAAAAACAUCUCGUACAAGUACAAAGAAGAGCUGUCAGCACAUCUCAUUGUUGCCGGGUGGGACAAGAAAGGAGGGGGACAGGUGUAUGUGACCCUGAAUGGCCUGUUGUCCAGACAACCCUUUGCGGUCGGCGGCUCCGGAAGCUCCUACGUCUAUGGGUUUGUUGAUGCAGAGUACCGGAAGGCCAUGAGCAAAGAGGACUGCCAACAGUUUGUUGUCAACACACUUUCAUUGGCCAUGAGUCGAGAUGGUUCCAGCGGAGGUGUGGCCUACCUUGUCACUAUUGAUGAAAAAGGUGCAGAGGAGAAAUGCAUCCUGGGCAACGAGUUGCCCACAUUUUAUGAUCAGUGAAAACUGGCUUGUGGAAACAGUAACACUGAAGUUGUCGUAGUUAUGAAACAGUGAGUGGACAUAUGGCCACCUUACGAACAAACAAUACUAUUAAAUCCACACAGGAUAUAGAAUGUUUGGAUAGGGGUAUGAAUCAUGCUGGCACAAUGUCAAAUAUUCUCACUACACAUGCCAUUUUCAAAAUUAUUCAUAAUUGUUAUGCCCUCUGUUGAAGACACUGAUUUUAUUUUGGGUAGCCAGGGACCUGAAGCUGGACUGUGUUUUUGGGUGAUUCACAAGUAAAUUCAACUUUCCCAUG